UGAGCUGUCAAUCACGCUGAGGUUCACUUGAGGUGCUGUUGAUGUGAAGUUGGCGAGUCGCUUCGCUGAGCAGAGCUGCCUGGCCGGAGCGGGGCGUUACCAACUUUUUUGUUUUUCUUUUCUUUUUUUCCGUCUAUUUUUCCACACAGAUUCGGUUUCGAUUUUUGUACUUUGUGAAUAUUUUCUCAGUUUUUGUACCAGUUGAGUCGGGAUGGAACUGAACUCUCUGUUAAUCCUGCUGGAGGCUGCAGAAUAUCUGGAGAGGAGAGACAGAGAGGCUGAGCACGGUUAUGCAUCAGUGUUGCCCUACAGCUCUGACUUCAACAGGAAGAAAAAAACACAGUUACUCUCACGCAGACCAAGCAACAACAAUAACAACAACAACAGAUCGUCGCACAAUGAGCUGGAGAAACACAGACGUGCUAAGUUGCGUCUCUAUUUGGAGCAGUUGAAGCAGCUCGUGCCUUUAGGACCUGACAGCACACGACACACGACACUGAGUCUGCUGAAACGGGCCAGGAUGCACAUCAAGAAAUUGGAGGAACAGGACAAGAAGGCGGUGAAUGUGAAGGAGCAGCUGCAGAGGGAACAUCGCUACUUAAAGCGUCGCCUCGAACAGCUCUCACUGCAGCGUACUCGCACUGACAGCAUGGGCUCUACCAUCUCUACUGACUCCGAGCAGGAGGUGGACAUCGAGGGGAUGGAGUUCACCCCCGGUGAUGGAGACAGCGUGGAUGGAGUGAGCGACCCUGAGGAUCACUACAGCCCGUGCAGCUUUUAGGCCACGCCCCUCCGUUCAUCCUCCCUGCACUCUCAAACAGGGAGUGGGAUGUUCUGUACUUCCUGUACUCCCUGUUUCCUCUAUCCGUCUCUGAAGAACAAUCUGUGGUCUGAUCAUCCGGCUCUGACUUGCCUCUCCACUUCCCGAAUGCAGACCUAGUGAAUGAGUGUGUGUGUGUGUGUGUGUUUGAGACGCUGCCCGAUUAAAACAGGCUGGAUCCGUGACCACGCCUUUGUGAGAUGAACGAAGUAGCAUUUAGCACACUACGCCUCGGGCACUUCUCACACUAAACAAAAAACCUUUUUUUAAAUGUCCAAAAUUAGCGUUCGAAUGAGUUAGCGUCACUAAUGUUAAUCACUGUGUGAAUUAGCAGUAUAACAGCUAGCAAAAAAAAAAUCAAACAAACUUAAGGAUAUGUUGGUCAAUGAGGGGCGGGGCUUAAAUGACACUUCAACAUCCAGUGGCAGUCCUGUUCAUGUGACAUCAUGAAUAAUUUUCUUUUCUUACUUUCUCUUGACUCAGCAGUUAUAAUAACAUUACAGCAUAUAAAUUAAGUUAGCUGAAUGCUAGCCUGCUAACUACUUAGCACAGCUAACUUUAAUGUUACCUCUUCGUUAUUCUGUAGCUAGCUAACCAUAAUUCCAGCAAUAGCAUUGUGAUUAGCUUGUCAAAUUGAACUUAAGCUCCGCCCCUUUGACUGAGGCAUGUCACUCCAACGUACCUACAGGUAUAAAUAAAACAGGAAGUGUAUCCAUCAGCUCUCGGCCAAUCAGGACCCAGCCUUUUUUUUUCUUCUCAGUAGCAAUGUGAUGUAGCAAUAACAAUGGUGUGUGUGUAAUUCACUAACAUUCACACACGAUGCAGCGUGCACACACACACACACACACACACACACACACACAAAGAUGUGUCAGAGCCGGAUGCUAGCUUAUAGCAGAGAUUAGCAUGCAGCGACAGCACUGAUUAGUGUUAAUUUGCAGUAUUCAUUGUACACACACACACACACAUUUCUCUUUUUCUUUAGCAUGCAUCAUCCCAAAAUUUUAGCAAAAAGUUACCAAAAAAAAAAACAAAAACACCAGAAACCCGUCUUCACUGGUGUAGUGGGUGUGGCCUGCCCUAUGAUGUCAUACUUACACAUUUUAUACAGUGACCUUAGCUACAAAGCUAGCUAACUAUUUUACUGUUUAUGAUUAGCCCCUGCAGUGGCAUCACCCAAGAGUUGGCCUCAUGGCUGUAGAGGUGCAGUUUGUAUGACAUCAUUAUGGCCACGCCCCUCUCGACCUGCUGGACGGAUUUAAAAAAAAAAAGCUAUAAACAGUGUAUAUUAAAUAGAAGUGUAUAAAUGUGUGUAGGUCACUGAGUGUGACUUUAGCUCUAUAUUUCUGUCAGAAUUUUUUUAUUCUAUUUUCCUAAAAUGCAAAAGACCAAAAAAAAGGAAAAUAUAAAUAAAAAUAUAAAUUCAUACAUAUAUAAUUAUAUACAAGAGACAACAGGCCAAUCUCUGCCAUCUUUCUGUGCCUUGGUCAUAUCCCAUUCCUCUCCCUGUACACUUCUCCUUAUUCUCUACACCCUACUCUCUGCUCACUACUCAGGUCUACUUCCCCAGUUACACAUGGAGGGCGUGGCCCAAUCCAGCAUGUAGACCAUUCUCUUUAAGGCGAGCUCACAUCCCACUGCCUGCGGACUUCCCCUUACUCCUACCCCUGAUACUCUGUCCUCAGGUCUACUUCCUUCAGUCCUUCAGUCCACACUCCCUCUCAGCCCUCAACUCAAUCCAACAUGUAGGCUGAACUCUCAUCAUCCCUCCGGUGGUCAUGUCUCAUUCCUCUCCCUGUUGACUUCCCCUUACCCUCGAGCCCGCCUCAGGUCUCCUUCCUGCACACACUCAGUCACAGCCCACGUCCUCAGAACUAAGUGAGGAUACGUGGUUGGACCACCUCCUCAUCCAACACCUGGACUCUUUAGGGUGCCUUCUUCAUCCUCGUCUCCUUCAUCCUCAGUUCUGUGGUUAUAGUCUUUACUCUUGGUGCAGAGGAAGACACUGGGAGAAGAUCGAUCAUGGCAGCUCGGGCUCUUCCUCCCUCUCUCGCCUUCUCCUAGUGCACUUCCUGGUGGUAGUAGUGUUAACGAAUGUUAACUCCUACCCAGGGGGAUUGUGGGUAAUGUAGUCCUUCUGAUGAAGACCAGCAUAGUGAAGAUAGUGCGUGACAGACUGGUCUGAGAUCAGUGUGAAUGGGCAGCUUUCAUCACGACACACACACACACACACACACACACACCUCUUGCACAGAACCUGAUGUCAUCAGGAGGUUGUUUCGUAUUUUAAAGGGACAGGAGCAGCUCUGAAAUGUUACCAAUCAGCUGAGACUAGUUUAUUGUUUAUACCAACACAACAUGCUAACAGCUAAUUCAGACAGACAGACCGAGAGAGAUACAGCGUGAGUGAGACAGAAAAACAGACAGACAGAGACGCAGAGAGAGAGACAGCGAGUGAGACGUUCUUAUACAUUCCUAUAGUCUCAGUAAGACCCUAAAGCACUUCCAGCUUUAUUUCACUGCACUUUUAAUUUCAUCCCCUUUUAAUGCUUUUAAGUUUUUAUUUUAAUUAUAAUGCAUCAUCUUCCUGCGACCUGUCAAUGCACAAGAGUGGGGUCAGAGGUCAGGAGGGUUCUGUGCCAGGGACCUGUUAAUACAGAAUGUGUAACAUACAUUCACAUAUAUAUUUUUGUGUUUUUACACACACACACACACACACACACACACACACUGGUGCUUGUGUCCUGAACAGUGUAAUAUACAGAAAUAAACCUGAUUUUAUACA